AUGAUGUCCUUGAAAGUUCUUGCUCUGCUCGUGGUCUCUCUGAGCCUUGUUCUGACGGAGGAGAAUGACUUCAGUGCCAACCCGAAGAGUCCCAGCGCCAGAGCCGUACAGCGACGUUACUCCGAGGCCAUCCUGGCCAGCGAUUACAGCCGGACCAUGGAUAACAUGCUCAAGAAGAACUUUGUGGAGUGGCUGUUGGCCAGAAGAGAGAAGAAAAGCGAUAACGCCAUCGAUCCAUCCAAGAGGGAAGCUGAACCCCAGAUGUCAGCUGUCAGUGGUCAACGUUUGGAGCUGGCCUCCCAAGGGGCUCAGGACUUUUUUGUCUGGCUUCUAAAAAACAAAAGAAAACAGAGUCUUACUGCUCCCAAAGAAUCUGAUCGCUUGAAAGACGUUCUGAGCGAGGAGCUAUUGGCGUGGCUGACGUCUGCUGAUCUCUGUAGACCGACGACUCAGUAGCCCCAAGACUCUCCAGAGGAGCUGGCUAUGCACUCUAACAACGGACGUGUUAAGAAUGAAGA